UUUACCGGCGAAACUCAUGGAGGAAGUUUUGCAGUUGUAAACCAGUUUUUGCGAAGCUUUUGGAGGGUAAUUUUCGCUUUGAUAUCAGGGUAAGAUGUCAAAAAGAAGACUGGAUGUCGAUGGCAACUCUUCCAAUUCAGUCAGCACCGCGAAAAGGAUUCGAGAAGAGUUGAGCAAUCCCAGUAAUCUACGUGGAAAGAUCAACCCCUUCAAUGGCAAGCUGUUCUCAGACAGAUAUUUUGACAUUCUUAAGAAGAGAAUUGAGCUGCCAGUAUGGGAAUACAGAGAAAAGUUUAUGGAGAGUAUGAAAGAGCACAAAGCUUUUGUUCUUGUUGGAGAAACGGGAUCUGGGAAGACAACACAGAUUCCUCAGUGGUGUCUUGAAACUCGCAUGGACAAGCGCAAAUGUGUUGCCUGUACUCAGCCCAGAAGGGUAGCUGCCAUGAGUGUUGCUCAGCGUGUCGCUGAUGAACUGGACGUGAUGAUAGGUCAAGAAGUUGGGUACACCAUUCGAUUUGAAGACUGCACCAGUCCCAGAACAAUACUGAAGUACAUGACAGAUGGUAUGCUGCUACGUGAAGCUAUGACAGAUCCUUUGCUGGAUCGUUAUGCUGUCAUUUUGCUUGAUGAAGCUCACGAGAGAACUCUCGCAACUGAUAUCCUCAUGGGUCUACUGAAAGAGGUCGUGCGUCAAAGACAUGACCUCAAGAUUAUUAUCAUGAGUGCCACUUUAGAUGCUGGAAAGUUUCAGGACUACUUUGAUAAAGCUCCUCUCAUGACAAUACCUGGACGGACACACCCUGUGGAGAUCUUCUACACCCCUGAACCUGAGCGAGACUACCUGGAGGCAGCCAUAAGAACAGUUGUACAGAUUCACAUGUGUGAGGAAGUGGAGGGUGACAUUUUGCUCUUUCUCACUGGGCAAGAGGAAAUUGAAGAAGCUUGUAAGAGAUUAAAGAAAGAAAUUGACAACUUGGGUCCUGAAAUAGGAGAGCUACGCUGCAUUCCCCUGUACUCCACACUUCCUCCCCAACAACAGCAACGCAUCUUUGACCCUGCUCCACCUAAACGACCUAAUGGUGCCAUUGGUCGCAAGUGUGUUGUAUCAACUAACAUAGCUGAGACAUCCCUCACAAUUGAUGGUGUUGUGUUUGUUAUUGAUCCUGGAUUUUCAAAACAAAAGGUGUAUAACCCUCGCAUUCGUGUAGAGUCCCUGCUAGUUUCUGCCAUCUCAAAAGCCAGUUCACAGCAGAGAGCAGGUCGUGCUGGCCGUACCCGCCCUGGCAAGUGCUUUCGACUCUAUACAGAGAAAGCUUAUCAGAAUGAAAUGCAGGAUAACACGUAUCCUGAGAUCCUGAGGUCUAAUCUCGGUACUGUGGUACUGCAGCUUAAAAAGCUGGGCAUUGACGACUUGGUUCAUUUUGAUUUUAUGGAUCCUCCUGCCCCUGAGACCUUGAUGAGAGCUCUUGAGUUGCUGAAUUAUCUGGGUGCCCUUGAUGACAACGGAGAUCUGACAUCGCUUGGUUCCAUGAUGGCAGAGUUCCCCCUCGACCCACAGCUUGCCAAGAUGGUGAUUGCCAGCUGUGAUCAUAACUGUUCUAACGAGAUCUUAUCCAUUACUGCCAUGUUGUCAGUUCCUCAAGUGUUCCUGAGGCCAAAUGAAGCAAAGAAAGCUGCUGAUGAAGCAAAAAUGAAGUUUGCUCACAUUGAUGGAGAUCACCUCACCUUGCUGAAUGUUUACCAUGCUUACAAGCAAAACCAUGAAGAUGUCCAGUGGUGUUAUGACAACUUUAUUCAACAACGAUCACUCAAGUCUGCAGACAAUGUACGGCAGCAGCUCACCAGAAUCAUGGACAGAUUCAACCUUGCACGACGCAGCACCGACUUCAACAGUCGCGAUUAUUAUGUGAACAUCAGGAAGGCACUUGUGACUGGAUUCUUUAUGCAGGUAGCUCAUUUGGAGAGGUCUGGACACUACUUGACAGUCAAGGACAACCAGGUUGUACAACUGCAUCCAUCUACUUGCUUGGAUCACAAGCCUGAGUGGGUGCUGUACAAUGAGUUUGUCUUGACAACCAAGAACUACAUUCGAACCUGCACUGACAUCAAGGCUGACUGGCUGGUGAAGAUUGCUGCACAGUACUAUGACAUGAGAAACUUCCCCAACUGCGAGGCCAAGCGUGUACUGGAGAGGAUCAUUGAAAGGUUACAAAAGAGCAGAUAAACCUGCCGAGCUAUCACUCACUUUGAUUGUGAAGAAAGAAAAAAACAUUUCACAUAACUUUGAAAUCAAGACCAUCGAGAUAUUAGCCUGCACCCAGGUAUCUACACCUGUUUGCUGGAGGAAAACAAGAGAGAUGAAACAUCUGAUACACAGUCACUUUGUUUAUCAGGUUUUCCGAGUUAGAAACUAACUUGCUUCUUCAGAUGUUUCUUAGAAAACUCGAAAAUGUUACUCAACUUUCUUUGCAUGGUCAUACUUUGUAACAGUCUAGCAGUGUUUUAUUAGCUUCAACCAUGCCGCCAUGUUUGCAUGCAUGUAGCUGUACGCGUUCCAAAAAGCUGGUACUUUUGUAGUCUGUAGCUGUAAAUAGUCUCUUUACAACUAUGUGUCACAGGCUUGUACAACUUGGUUUAAUAAGAAACAAAACCUUUAUUGAUGUUUCCCUUGUUUGUGAAGUAUCCAGAGGGUAAACCUUGAAACUUCUUUUUGUUUUUGGUUGCUUUGUUUGUUUGUUUGUUUGUUUAUUUGUUUAUUAUAGUUUUUCCCCUCCCAGUGGUGCAGACAUAGUACAACCCGAUAUGACGACAAGGAGACAUUUCCAUAUAGCACCGUACUUAAUUAUGAAUACAAUUUAUGUCAUACAUGUUAUUGUCCUGUCUUCGCACGAGACUCGCAAAAUUGUGUAGAUAAUUAACUCGGGGGUUAUACGGAAAUCUUGCCGACGGGAAAUGAAGGAAACGUGUUGUUUCACGAUUUCUUCAUUUUCGUAGGCAAUUUAUUUAUCGAGUUUGUUGUAUGUGUUGUAUUUGCAUUGCUAUCUUGAAAUUGAGUAGUGACAAGAUUGUAGCCUGCGUCGCAGACGGAAAACGCGCGGUAGGUAGCGUCUUCGACGCGGGCUACCAAAUUAUUGAUUAAUAGAUGUUAGCAGAUGGUGUUCUGUUUAUUUCUGCAAUAAAAUUGGAAGAUAAUAUAAA